UCUUGCAUUAGCGUUUUAUUCUAACAUCUUGCACAACACAACACAGACACAUCACAUCACAUGAGUUGGCUAGCUGGCUAGCCAGGCCGGCUGUUUUUUCCAUAGUCAACCGGCCACCCCUCAAAGCCUCAAUCAUCUCCCUCCCCUUCGGGUCACUACAGACUACACACGACACGAGCAAUCUACGCUGCAGAUCGGGAAACGGUGACCGACGACCCCAUCCGGCCGGCCAUCUUAUUAGUAGUAGCACCUACGGCACAAAGCAACAACCCCCAAAACACUCCGCUCGGUUGCUAGCUGCGCCGCGUCCAUACAAGCGCAGUUACGCGCACAAGUACAGAAUCGCCCCCUCCUCCUCCGGGAGGCCGGCCAGCUAGCCCGCUCCUCCCCUCCCACCAAUCUCUGCCCUUAGCAUGGUGAGGGACGCCGGCGGCGCCCUGCAGCUACUGGCGGUGCUUCUCCUCCUCCUGGCGUCCGAGCUCGCCACCUUCAGCUGCGGCCACAGGAUCCCCAGGGCGGACGUCGCCGCCUGGAGGCGCGGGGCGACGCCGACUGGACGGACGGCGUCCACGACGACGACGACGACGGCGGCGGCUACCCGUUCCGGCGGCGCGGCGGCCGCGCUGGGCGACUCCAAGAGGCUGGUUCCGCAGGGGCCCAACCCGCUGCACAACUAGCGCCGCGGCAGGUUCUUCCUCGCUCCCAUUUUUCCCGCGCGGAAGAACACCGGCUAGCUAGUAGUGUGCCGUGUGCGCCAUACAAUCACAUACGCGGUGAUGUAACUGUAAUUAGCCAGCCCAUUAGAUCGAGCUCCGGAGUUUGCAUCCAAAGAAAAGAGUGUAAAAAUCACCACAUGUACUACGAUGUAUCUUCUCCUUCCUCACCCCAUCCCAUCCCCGGUUUCCACUUCUUCUUUGGAGAGCAAAGAUCUGAAACAGCAGUACAAUGAUUGAGUGAGUGAGUGAGUGAUUGAUUGA